UGACGGUUGUCAUGGUAACGACAAGCGCAACAAUUAUUUGCUCGUUGGCGCGCGCUUGGUUCAUCGCUUGCGCGUUUACCGCAAAUAAACAGAGGCACGAUGUCGGACUCUGCGUCUGAAGAGUUUGAGGAUGAGCAGACAUUUCAUGGAGAGUAUGAAGGUGAGCGGAAUGAAGAAGGAGAAAGGCAUGGUUCUGGGAGAGCAGUGUUUCCUAAUGGAGACAUCUACCAGGGAAUGUAUGAACAUGGCAAACGAUCUGGACAGGGAACCUACAGAUUUAAGAAUGGGGCUCGAUACACAGGGGAGUAUUCCAUGAACCUAAAACAUGGACAAGGUGUUUUCUAUUAUCCUGAUGGCUCCAAGUAUGAUGGCUCAUGGGUGGAAGACCAGCGACAUGGUCAUGGGAUUUACACAUAUCCUAAUGGAGAUAGCUACGAUGGGGAGUGGCUUCAGCAUCAAAGACAUGGUCAAGGUGUGUACACGUACCAUGAUACGGGAUCCAAGUAUUCUGGAACAUGGGUUAUGGGUAAAAUGGAGUCUGUAGGAGAGUUUAUCCAUUUAAACCACAAAUACCAAGGCAACUUUCACAUCAAUAAUCCCUCAGGUCCAGGAAAGUAUGUGUUUGACUUUGGAUGUGAGCAGCAUGGGGAGUAUCUGCAAGCCGAUCAGGAUAACAUUGAUGCAGAAGUUGAGGAAUUUGGCACUAAAACUGGUCUGAAAUGGAAACCCAAUGCUUUGACAUCUUGCAUCUCUGAUCCAUCACGUCUAAAGGAUAUUGUCUCCUCAGACCAGGGCUUGUCUGAGGAGAAAAGGGCCUAAAUGCCCCUGGAAGAGCAGAACAUGAGGCAGAGCCCAGCACCAGAAAUCAUUUUGGCAAAUGACAGAGUUGCUGAAAUGUAUGUCAGAAGUAACACACAAUUGACUGUGCAGUUAUACGAAAAAAAAAAACAUGCUGUGGAUUAUUUUCAUAUACAAAAAUGUUCUGGUGUGCGUUAUUUUGCCUUAAAACACAGCAAUUUUGACAAUGAUUAUGAUUGACACAUAUCACUUCACCAAAUGUAGAUUUAAUGCUGUAUUCCUUUUAGCACGUUAUUAAAGUACUAAACAGCUUC